GAACAUUUUCUUAUAACUGAAAUACGGAGAGUCGGAUGGGACUGGUGCAGUGGCAUUUGGCAAAAUCAAAACCCAUAUACAUACUUGAUACUAAUAUUUUGCCAUAUCAUUGAUUUAUUGUUAAAGGUUUCCAAAUGGCAUCUUACGCGUUAGUAGCGUUGACACGUUAUGCAAAUUGCUUUAGAAAUAUUAGUCAAAUAGGAUUAUAUCAAAAGCUAUCCACAAGUCAAUUGUGUAAUAUGAAUGUUGAAGAAGCAGCAAAGUUAAAGGAACCGGAAUUAAAAGAUGUGAAAAAAGUCUUAAAAGAGCCAUCUCAAUUACAGCAUGAAGAAGCUCUCAAUGGUUAUAUAAUUGUACCAGCAGAUGAACAAGUUGGUAUAAUCUCCGGAAUUCCUGAGGAGCAUAUAAAAACUCGACGUGUGCGUAUUUACCAGCCAGUGAAAAAUGCAAUGCAGUCAGGCACAAAUCAUACAAAUUUUUGGCAAAUAGAGUUCGAUACUCGCGAACGAUGGGAAAAUCCUUUAAUUGGAUGGUCAUCUACUGGAGAUCCAAUGUCCAAUCUUAAAGUUGAUUUUGCUUCAAAAGAAGAGGCAAUACAACACUGCCAAAAGAUGGGUUGGGAAUGUUAUGUACAAAAACCGGAUGAAGAGAAACCCAGACCACGUACGUAUGGUACCAAUUUCUCUUGGAAUAAACGUACUAGAGUAUCAACGAAAUAGUCUAAGAGUACAAGGCAAUGGUUCUGUUUGUGAAAUAGUCCAAAUAUGUCGAAUUUAAUAGGGUUAACUUGCAAAUGUGCUAAUAGUUAACCUGCUAAUGUGUUGAUAUUUAAUCUCCAAAAGAUGCAUAGUUUGUAGUUUAAUAAUUUUAAGUUAUUUAUAAAGUAUGCUCUUCUA